GUUAGGUAAGCUGGGGGUCAAAAAAUACAAGAAUUACCUCGUACCUGCUAGUUUUCACGUUGUUUUUAAUCGCACCUGCACUUGUACUUGUUGACACCUCUUGUUAUGCACCCAACACAAGAAAUGGCUACGCACAGUUCACCUGGAUUCAUCAAAAUGAUGAUACCAAGUGAUGGAAGAUGACGAUGAUUUCUUCGAUACAGUGUCCGUUAAUUCCGCACACGGAAAAAGAAGGUAUCUUAGCUUGUCGAGGAACACCGUGUACCAUUCCCUCAUGGACUUGGACGGCGGGAACGACCUGGAGAUGGCCAGCUUGGACCAAAACAAGGUGCCGCAUAAAAGAUGGAGAAAUUUCUCAAGCAGUGACUUGAGCGUCGACUUCGUCCUGGCUUACGACGACCAAGGUGAACAGGAAGAUGUCGACAAAAGAGUCAUGUUCGAGCACAAUUUGGAGUCUACCGGACUUUUACUGGAGAGAGAAGAGAACCAGAGAAUACAUUUCGUGAAGAUCCACGUCCCGAAGGAUGUGACCAUGAGAUUCGCUGAGAUUCUGAAGUUGAGGUUGCCCAUAAAAGAUGAAGAACAGUGUCCUCUCAAAGAUAAUAUAAUAACCAAAACUGCCGUGAAAAUCUUAACAAGAUUCAAUGUGAUGUUAGACCCUGAAAAGUUUCCUGUCAAGAAAUACCAAUUAACAGCCGAGUUUAACAAGGAUAAAAAUUAUUUAUUUGAUGUAGAUGAUCCAGACUUCUUCAAUACCUCUGUAAAAAUAACUGUAGUCUCAUAUAUACUAGAACGAGAAAAGUUUGGAAAAGAGGACCAAGACAAGGGAAUUAAAAGACUGAUAGCUGAAAACGUUUACAAAGCCGCUUAUCCAUUACACGAUGGCGACCUCCACGAUAGAACCUCCCAACGCAAGCUCCUCCUCGACGAAUGGGCCUCUGUGUCGAAGUUCAUAAAGUACCAACCCCUCGACGAAGUCAAAGAAUACUUCGGCGUCAAAUUCGCCCUGUACUUCGCAUGGCUGGGAUUCUACACCCACAUGUUGAUCCCCGCUUCCAUAGUGGGCAUUUUGUGCCUUAUCUACGGUGCUGCCACCCUUAGUUCAGACAGUCUGAGCAGGGACAUUUGUGCUGCCGCGAAUAUUACUAUGUGUCCGAGAUGUGAUAAAUUUUGUGAUUACUGGAACUUGCAGGAGAGCUGCACUUACGCGAAAGUGCAGCAUGUGAUCGACAAUCCUGCGACGAUAUUUUUCGCCGUGUUUAUGUCGUUUUGGGGAACUUUGUACCUGGAGCUGUGGAAGCGGUAUAGUGCCGAGAUAGCCCACAGAUGGGGCCUCACAGGUUUUGACCUUCAAGCCGAGCCACCCAGACCGGAAUACUUACUAAAGUUAGCCAACGCUAAAAAAAAGAAACUCAACGUCGUUACGCAACUCCAAGAGCCGGUGGUUCCUUUCUGGAGAGUUAAAUUGCCGUCUCUCAUCCUAAGUUUUUCCAUAGCUUUCUUCUGGACGCUGAUAGCACUCAGUGUGGUGACAGGAGUGGUCGUCUAUAGGAUGUCAAUCGUUACUUCUGACUUUCUACAUAGUGACAAUACUAGCUAUCGAAUAUACGUAGUGCCUAUAACCGCUGGUUUAAUCAAUUUAACCUGUAUCGUUAUCUUGAACUUCGUCUACGGUAAGUUGGCCCAAUGGCUAACGGAAAUGGAGUUACAAAGGACUCAAACGGAGUUCGAUGAAAGUUUAGCGAUCAAAAUAUACAUGUUCCAGUUUGUCAAUUAUUAUUCGUCCAUUUUCUACAUAGCUUUCAUUAAAGGAAAGUUUGUAGGUUAUCCUGCGAAGUACAACAAGAUAUUUGGAUAUCGGCAAGAAGAGUGCAAUCCUGGUGGUUGUCUUAUGGAACUAACCAUGCAAUUGGCCAUCAUCAUGAUCGGCAACCAAGCGGUCAACAACGUCAUGGAAACGCUUAUACCGUUAUGUCUAAAGAUGUACAAAACUUUCAUUGUUACUACCGGUAUUGAAAAGACCAAAACUGACGAAGUGACCUUAAUAAGCUGCAAUCAGUGGACGGAAGAUUACAAGUUGACCGAAGCUGAAAGUAGUUUAUUUAGCGAAUAUUUAGAGAUGGUACUCCAGUAUGGAUUCAUUACCAUCUUCGUGACAGCAUUCCCGUUAGCUCCACUUCUAGCUCUUAUCAACAACGUCCUGGAAAUGAGACUGGACGCCAAAAAGUUCAUAAAAUAUUACAGAAGACCAGUUCCUCAGCGAGUCAAAAAUAUCGGAGUGUGGUAUUCCAUUCUGGCGUUCAUCGGCAGACUGUCAGUGGCUUCCAAUGCGUUUAUUAUCGCGUUUUCAUCACAUUUUAUUCCCAAACUAGUUUAUAAGCUGAAGAUUUCCGGAGACCAUACCGAAAAUGGGUUUUUGGAGCACAGUUUAGCAUACUUCAAUACCUCGCAUUUUCCUGCGGGUUCGGAGCCUGCGCAUCCGGCUUUUAAACGUUUCUGUUUGUAGGUACAACGAAUACAGAAACCACUACAGCUUCGACGACGAAACCCGGUACAAAAGACCUCUCAUCUACUGGCACAUCCUGGCAGCACGUCUAGCCUUCAUCGUGGCUUACCAGAACUUGGUAAGCUUUGUGAUGACAGCUGUCCAAUGGAUGAUACCGGACAUCAGCAGGAAGCUGAACGACAGAAUCAAGAGAGAAGCCUACAGAACUAAUGAAAUAAUCAUUCACAAUGAAACACAAAGGGCGAGACAAAGAAAAGCAUCCAUGAAAAAGAAGAGGGAUUCCAUGAUGUCAACGUCCACCGUCUACUACGAUGCCAUCAACGGAGAUGUGGGCACUGAAGAAGAACCCGUACGAAGUGCAAUGUACUAUGACAUUUAGCAAUAAUUAUUUAAAAUAAUUGUGAUUUUGUAUAAAAACGUGGCCUUUAAUCUUGCCUUACGUCGUAGGGUAACUAGUCGAAAGGGGUUGAAGAAAGACGCAAACAGGGUGUACAUCAUAUUAAUCAAAAGAUUAACAAUCUUUAGAAUCAAAUUCGAUUCUCGAAAUGGCGUACUGAUAUUAUACAUACAGUGCAGUAAACUCAUCUUUUUCGUGCCGUUUAGUCUGAAUUUAUUUAGUAGUCGUUAUAAAUAAUAUUUAUUUUUCCACGUGUGAUGAUACUGUCGGAAUAUCAGAGGAUUUUGGUAUCUUCCUCUCUUAUCCUAUAGACUGCGCCAAGUCUAAUGUUUACAGAAACUUAUAAUCGAUGAAAAAAGAUAAGUUCGUGUAUAUUUGUUAGUCAUUGAACAUUACAAUUGGAACUAUUAUAUUGUACCAAACAUCUCUAUCAAAGUGACCAUUUUUUGAUAGUUUCUAUAAAGUAUAA